CAGUUUGGGCUGAACAAGAGGACGAACAUCUGCCCCCAGGUUCCGCUAUUUUAAGACGAGACAUCGCUAGUUACAUGUAAGCUGACGUGACUGAUACCAGCGCUGGUUGGCUUCAACUCUGACUUGUGGCUUAAUUUGAGCACUGCACCUUUAAAAAACAAACUGUUCCCAGUUUUCAUUCCCAACUGACGACCGGUGGCCACGUACGGCUCCGUGCUCCAACGGUUAUCUCACGGUCUGCUCGUUAACGGUAGACUACUUUUAUCAGCGAACGACAUUAGCUAUUUGAAUUACUUUGAAGUUCUUUUUUCUCGCCGGAGGUGGCGGAGGAUAAAGUUUUGAAUGAAUGUUCCCCGCUGGGAGUGUAAGGCGGGAGGAGGGGGCAGUUUGUGGGGUCGCCUAGGCUAUCGGAUCUGGGAUCGGCUCACAUUUAUAAACAGACAGACGGCGGCUUGUUCGGGGCAGAGCUGAGCUGAACGGGCGGCCGUUUCACCGAGGAGGACGCGGAGUUUUAAACUUUUAAUUGUUGACCUCGGACGAUUAAAAGACGAAGGGGGGAGUUUUGGAAUAACAGAAAAGUUUCACCGCGGGUCUGGAGCCCUGUCCUGUCAAGACUACGAGCUGCUGGACUGUAAGCUAAAACUCUGGAAAUAACGUUACUCUGUAACUCUAAACAUUACAGACUUGUGAUUUAGUUAGGCUUUAGCCUUUUAAGAUAACAACUUGUAACUUUUCUUUACUGAAGCAGAAACUCAAAGUAUCUUCAAAAUGGAUAAAUACGAGGAUUUAGGACUCGAGGCGAGUAAAUUUAUCGAGGACCUAAACAUGUAUGAAGCAUCCAGAGAUGGUUUAUUUCGCACGAGGAAGGAUGCGGGAAAUAACCCCGACUUUGAAGAGACAAGAAAAGUUUUUGCCUCCAAAAUGACUAAAAUACACAUGCAGAAACACCAAGAGGAGAUGGCAAAAAACAACAAUGCCAUGAAAAUGAAUGGGGGCCACAGCAGCACAUACUGCACCAAAGACAGACCGCCCAUCAAUAGUUACAGACAGCCGGGUGAAGCGGCAGCGAAGCCCCCGAUAGUCUCUGGCCCUGUGCCAGGCACCACGGCUGGGACUCAGUCCGCACCGUUUGACGGCCAGAAACACACAAUCAUUCAGUCUGAGCUUCCAGCCGGCAAGGCAUAUGGCUACGGAAAUAAUUAUGAAAAUAUGGAGCGCUUAGAGUCACAUUCAUAUCAGCACAGCACCCAUACUCCCCCCAGUCCAGGAAACGCGCCUCAUAGCACGCCCGCGCAUGCUCGUCAACCAGUCAGCCAGCCGGCUCCUUGGGCCCCAUCCACGGAGAGCCAGCUCUCCCCAUCUUGGUCUGGGUCUGGGAGUUUAUCUCAGGAGCAGCCCCAGCGCCAGUCUGUACCUCCCACCGCCACCAGUCUAACAUCCCACCAGAAUCAGGCUGUCACCCCAUCUGUAAACCGGAGUCCACCCUCCUCAGCCGGGCCAGCCAGGGGAUGGGCCGGAGAGCCCUCUGGCUCCGCAAAACCGGACCUCAUCCCUGCCCUGCCUUUGAGUGCCUUCACAGGAGGAGCUGACUUCCCCAUUCAGCAGCACUCCACACAGUCUGGAGCCCAUUACGCACCACCUUCUCUAACCUCAAGGCCCUCUGCCAGCCACAAUGGUACUGUGGCAGCUUCCUUGCUCCCACCGGCACCUUCUGAAACACCUCAACCCAAAGCCCUGGUGACACCUGCUGCCUUGAUCCCUGGUAACGUCUCUAAAAUCAGCAGCCAGGGUCAAGGUCAGAACCAAAAACCCGGCAGUGGACAGGCCGUCAGUGCUGAAGCUGAAGUCCUGUGCCCCCCUAAGCCUGUCCAACUACUCUGCCAGCCUCUCCUCACGCAGCCCCCUGCACAGGGGCCCUCAACAGCGGAAAUAAAAUUAGAAGCCCUCACUAAGCGGCUCGAAAAAGAGAUGGAUGCCCAACCAAAGGCUGACUACUUUGGAGUCUGCGUUAAGUGCAACAAGGCGGUGUACGGAGCCAACCAGGCCUGCCAGGCAAUGGGUAGCCUCUACCAUGACAGCUGCUUUACCUGCAGCGCCUGCAGUCGAAGGCUGAGAGGGAAGGCGUUCUACUAUGUUGGAGGGAAGGUUUUCUGUGAAGAGGACUUUCUGUACUCUGGUUUCCAGCAGUCUGCAGACAAGUGCAACGCAUGUGGACAUCUGAUCAUGGACAUGAUCCUGCAGGCCCUCGGGAAGUCGUACCACCCCGGCUGUUUCCGCUGUGUCAUCUGUAAUGAGAGCCUUGAUGGAGUGCCCUUCACUGUGGACACUGAAAAUAAGAUCUACUGUCUCAAAGACUACCACAGGGUCCUGGCGCCUAAAUGUGCAGCCUGUAACCAGCCCAUCUUGCCCUCAGAGGGGUCUGACGAAACCGUUCGUGUUGUAUCCAUGGACAAGGACUAUCACGUGGAAUGCUAUCACUGUGAGGAAUGUAAGAUGGAGCUCAACGACGAGGAGGGUCACCGCUGCUACCCUCUGAACGGCCACCUCCUCUGCCACUCCUGCCACCUGAAGAACAUCGAGCUGGGCUGCUCCUCUUCCAGCGGCGCCUCCUCCUACUAAUGCCUCUGUAGGUGGAGUGAGACACCUGGUGGAUUUACAGAGGAGUUGCCACAAGAGUGUCAGACAGCAGUGGUGGCGAUGUACAAUUCUUGUUGUAGAGGAUUGAUUCAUGCAAUGCAUCAGGUCAUACUUGUGGUUUGAUAUGUAUUUUCACAGGAAUGUUAAUGAAGUUUAUGCCUCAUGAGGUUUUGACCCCAUAAUGAAGUACACCAAAACCUUACUUUGAAUGCAGUUAAGCAUUAUGUUAUAUUCUGCAUACAUACUUGGCAGGUGUUGCCAUGUUGUUGUUUUUUAUGUAAAUAUCAGUUGUGUUGGCUGUGUAAAUAUCUGAUAGUCAACUUGUUUUAGAUAUGGUGUACCUUCAACUUCACGUUUGCACUUCAGCUCUGAAUUUAAUUUCAAGAUUGAUUCAUAAAUCAUCUGCCUGAAGAUUCUAAUAAUGAUAAUCAUUUACACAAAAUAUAAUUAAGUCCACUGUUGAAUGUGAGACAAAUCACAGCUACCUAAUGUUUCAGUCGGAGAGAAAGGAUCAUCUGCUGGCUCAUUAACUAAGAUAUUAAUGGAAAUAAUUGGUUUAAUCAUGUGAUAGUCUGGAUGCCUAUAGUGCCUCCACCAUACGUUUCUACAUGCAAUAAUAUCAGUUUGUAUGUAUUUACAUAUGAGUAAUACAUAGAAAGUAACAUUAUUUGAACAUUAUUUUAAAAAGUCAUAGCAUAACAAUAAAUCGUUUUCAAUUUGUUAACCAGUUACCACUUUAUAGAAAGGGUUUGUUUUCUUCUCAAAGUGGUUAACAGCGAUAACCAGAGCCUUGAGUGUUGGUAUUUUUCCAUAUACAAAUUCCAUUAUGCAAUAAAUUAGAUCAAACAAUCAUUUUUAUACACAACCAUUCCAUAGAAAUGUUAAAUAAUGCCAUUAUCCUUGAUGUUGCUACACCUUUGUGUCCUUACCAAUUCACAGCCAUGUAAACAUUUUUAUGACAUUUCUGUCUUGCUUAAAUUUGAGUAAGAAUGCUUAUUUUGUACUUUUCCAGGUUAUACUGUUCUGUAGUAAAUAAACCAAUAAGCCAAUAUUUGUCACAUACAGUCUGCUCCAAGCAGACAGACAGAUUUGCAAACUCUCUAUUUACCGAUGAAGAUGUUGGUAUUAGGCCUGGACAUCUAUGUAUUUUGUUACUGUGGUGUCCGAACGAUAAUGCUGCGUGAUGUGUUGAGAAGAAAUCCGCUUGACACUGUUCUUGAUUAUAAAAGUUUAUUACAUCAAAGAAUUCAGCAUCAAUUACAAGCUCUGCAGCAGCUUGG